AUGGUUGCGAAAUACAUCGUCCUCGCAAAAGCAAUUGCUCCCAUGCAGAGCAAAAUGAAGGAAGAAUUUACGUACCAGCCUCAGUAUCUUUCUUAUGCGGAGAAGACAUUACGGGAAUCAGUCAAAGGUCUUCACAACUCUACAUUUGGCGAAGAGAUUUCGUACGUUGGAGUUCACGUGCGUCUGACUGAUUACCCAAGGUACCUUCAAGAAAGAUUUGGUUUGAAAAGGGAGGACCUCGCACACACGGAUUAUUAUGUGCGAGCAAUGGAAUACAUGUUGAAACGCUUGAGAGAGGACGGCAUUUCGAAAGUAGUGUUUGCAGUAGUAAGUGACGGUAUGAACUGGACAAAAAAAAUCUUGAUACCACAGCUUGAAAAUUACUUAAAAUCGAAAGAAUUGUUGGGUACGAAUGCUAUU